GAUCAUCUAAAUCAUGGGUUCAGGAUCAAGCGCCCAGUGUAAAGCCCGGCAGUGCUCUCAGUGUCAGGGGGACACAGAAUUCUACUGUAACACGUGUAAACAUGACCUGUGUCUACAGUGUAAAGAGAUAUAUGUCAUUGAUCAAGAUACAAUUUUCCAUGAUGUUGUGAUUUACCGGGAGAAAUAUAAAUAUAUCCCAAACCAAGAGACUUGUUUGAGCCAUCCAAACAGAAUGUAUAAUAAAUAUUGUUGUUCAUGCAGACUUCCCUUGUGUUCUAAAUGUGAAACACACAAACGUCAUGAAAUACUGGACAUUAGAAAAGCUUAUACAACAAACCGUGAACAACAUAGACACAUCAUUCACAGAAUCAGAAGUGAGAUUUUAUAUAAGAAUAAGUUUCUCCUGGCAGAUAUCAAAACUGAUUUAAAAGCUAUUAAAACAGAAAUCCUCAAACUUAAAUUAAAGAUUUCGACAAAAGCCCAGAGACUUAUAGAUCUCACUGUAACUGAGAGGAUUGCAGUGAAUGUCAUGAUUAAUAAAUUACAACAACAGAAGAGAAAAAGGAACAGACAACUUGCCAGCAUAGAAAACCUUGAUCACAGAUAUGAACAUUCAACAAACAGAACUUUAAAAUUCCUCUAUUUCAUUAAAAACAUGAAUGUCCCAAAGAUAAAAGACACUUGUAAUUUUACGCCACUCUCUUUGCUCUCCAUGACAGAGGAAAUCGAAAUCAACAUGGGAGAUUUGGUUGAGUUUCUGAGUAAAAUUCAAAUCAUAGAGAGAGGACAGAGACGAGUAAGAGAUAUGCUGGAACUGAUGUCUACCCCUGUGAUAGUCAGAAAUGUUCAACUGAAAAUCCCUGGUCAUGUAAUGCACAUUUCUCGUCUUACUUCGGAAUGGUUCUGGAUCAGUCAUUGGCACAACCACAUGACAGAAAUAAUCUUGACAAACAUAAAAGGGGACAUUUUGCAUCGGCUGGUAAGAAUAGCAAAUUUAAAACGGAAUACUUUAUAUGGAUCACACACAGUAAACAGUAAAGGUGAAUUAAUCUACAUAGGCUCUAAUGAUUUAAUUUACAAAGUCGCUACAGAUAAUAGAAUGAAGUCUAUACUGUUAAAAGGAACAAACUUGUGGAAGCCAUUGUGUGUUCAUUCGUCCCCCAUCAAUGGCGAACUACUGGUCGGGAUGUUCAGUUACGUUGAAAAGACAGGCAAGGUAAAUCGUUAUAAUGACAUAAGACAACACAUACAAACAAUACAGCACGACAACAAGGGUCAGCAACUGUACAGUCUCCCAUUAUACAUCACAGAGAACCGCAAUGGAGAUGUCAUUGUGUCUGACUAUGACCGUAGUGCUGUAGUGGUGACAGAUGGUGAAGGAAGACAUCGCUUCUCCUAUACUGGACCUCCAUUAAAACCACGACUAAAUCCACGGGGAAUCUGUACAGACACAAUGUCACACAUCCUGGUGUGUGAUUUGUACACCGACACAGUACAGAUAAUUGACAGGGACGGUCAUUUCCUAUCUCAAAUACCGACACAAGGGCGAGGAAUAUACACACCACAUGGCCUAAGUUUUGAUAACAAAACUCAUCUCCUCAGGGUUGGAACAUGGGACAACACAGUGUGUCUAUAUCGAUAUGUCUGGAUCAAUAGUAGUAUUAGGCACGAUUUUUCUACUCGCUUAAUCUUGACAAACAAAGAUGGGUACACUCUCGAUUUGAUGAUAAAUAAACAUUUUUCUAUUUGGUAUUCCGUUAAUGGAGAACACACAGUGAACAAUAAAGGGGAAUUAAUAUAUAUAGUUCAUAAAAAUGAAAUUUACAAACCUUCCACAAAUGAUAGAUCAAGAGCAAGGUAUACACUGAUAAAAAGAACGGAUCCAUGGCAGCCCCAAUGUGUCUAUUCUUCUCCCACCAAUGGAGAUCUACUGGUCGGGAUGUUCAUAUAUGCUGAAGUGACAUGCAAGGUAAACCGUUACAAUAAGAGAGGGCAUAUCAUACAGACCAUACAGCAUGAUAACACAGGUCAGCAAAUGUACAGUUACCCGAGAUACAUUACAGAGAACUGUAAUGGAGAUGUAAUUGUGUCUGACUUGAGGCAGGUAGUGGUGACAGAUGGUAGAGGAGGACACCGCUUCUCCUACACAGGACCUCCAUUAGAACCAAGAUUUUCACCAUGGGGAAUCUGUACAGACGCGCUGUCACACAUCCUGGUGUGUGAUAGGUACACUAACUCAGUUCAGAUGAUUGAUAAGGACGGUAAUUUUCUAUCAAAGAUUCUGACACAAGAGCAAGGAAUAUUUAGACCACUCAGCCUAGGUUAUGACAAAAUAUCUCAUCUCCUCUGGGUGGGUUCAAGGGACAAAAGAGUGUGUGCAUAUAGAUACUUAAAAAAAAAAUAUUUGAGACAGAAAAGAAAAAUAAUUAAAUUACUGAUGUUGAAGAAGCAGUCUAUUCCCAAUGAAUCCAUUCCAAAGAAAAUGAAUGUGAAUGUAUGA